GAGGUUGUAGCCCAACUGCCUUUCUUUCAAAACAUGUUUUUUUCUCUCAACCUCAGUGUUUUAGCAGCACGCUGACUUAAUUCCUCCAGUAAUUAUUUACAUAGAUUUAUUGGUUUGUAGGGGGAAAGAGUGGGUGGAUAAGAUUAUCUUGGGCUAACCGAUAUACUGGUUAUUAUAGCGCUACUUCCAGACGUCUUUCUCAGAUCGACGGCAACGCUGCCGUCAUUCAAAUAUCAACACACCGGCCCCUCGUGUAACUACCCGCCAUGGCUCCAAAUCUCAAAUGUGCGGCCUGCUGUGUUUGUGGGAAGAAACGGAGAACACACCCUGGUGUGAAGCUCCAUUUAUUCCCAAAGGAUGCCAGAAGGUGCCUCCAGUGGGUGAAAGCCUUGAAAAUUGGCUUUCAAAAGCAUACUCAAGCCAUCUGUAGUGACCACUUUGAUGGGGUUCAUUUUGGCAGCAAGGGCCAGCUGCUGCCGACUGCAACCCCACGUCACACAGAUGGCCAUGAGGAGCAACCACCCACUGGGUUCCCGGCAUCAUCCCACAAUGCAGCCGCCAUUGACUUGGAGCCAAUGGAGUUGGAACUCUCCUCUACACAGAUUGUGCUGCCACAUUAUGAUCCGAACACAGGUUUCGGUAAUACCCAAGAGAAUGUGGCAGCCGAAGAGGAGAGUCCAAGAAAGAGACCACGGGUGGAGCUGAACAGAACUCAGCCACCCCCAGAGGAAUGUGGCAUUAUCCAACCCCACACACAGCUGCUCAGUGUCCCCCAAGCCACACAUGAAAAUAAUGAGCUGCAGCCUGACACUGAUGAGUGUGCUCCCCAGUGCACUGCACCAGCUCCAUGUGCUGAUUUUGGUAUGAAUACUAUUAGUUUUUAUUGA